ACACAAACAACAGUUGAUUUGCUUUCUAUUAAAAGUGCGUCUCUUUUGUCAAAACACAACAAACGAAGACAACAAUCACAGCGAUGGGCAUCUCGUGCGGCGCCACUCUCAUCAAGUAUCUCCUCUUCCUCUUCAACGUCUUAUGGCUCCUGUUGGGCGGAGUCGUGCUGUGGCUCGGCUUCAAGAUCGCCAUUUGGAGCGGAGAUCUGCACGACGUCUACGAAAACAACCUGAAGACAGGCGCCAUUGUGGUGCUGGCGGCCGGAUUCCUCAUCUUCGUGCUCGCAUUCCUCGGCUGCUGCGGAGCCAUCAAACAGAACUCCUGUAUGCUCUCAACGUACGGCGGACUGAUCCUCAUUCUGGUGGUCCUGCAGUGCGUCGGCGCGUACUUUGUUCUCCGCGAUAAAGGAAAGAUCCAGGACGAGAUAAAGGGUGCGAUUCGCACGGAGUUCGAUAAGUGGAACCGUUCGCCGUCCGACGACGUGGCGAAAACCAUUCAGUUGUUCCAGAAGACGUUCGAGUGCUGCGGAGUCACCGGACAGACGGAUUUCACGACGCCUGAACUGCCGGAGAGUUGUUGCGACAAAUGGUCGAAAGGCGACUCCCCUCAGGCCAAGUGCCAGCGCUCGCAGAUCAAGUGGACGCAGGGCUGCGCCGACAAACUCGAGAANUUGUUGACCGCUUUUCCAACGGUCUAUAAAUCGCGUGAUUUUCGCGAAUUUCAAUUCAAAUCCAUCGCAACAAUGCUCUUCUCGCGACUCCUUUGGCCGCUAUUUCUCGCGCUUCUGGUCUUCGAAACGGCUUUUUGUCAAGUCGACGAAAAGGUGUCUUCAGAGGACAGCGCGAGACAACAAAGACGGCAAAAACACCGCCGAAAACGGUUUCGAAAGCGACAACCCUUUCAGCCAAUGAACGGCCGUCCCGUCGGCGCUCAGCCAAUCACCGGUAAGUGCGGGAAACGCCUUCUCAACGCCUUUCUAUGGCUUUGUUUGGCCAGAAAUGGGCGCAAACGGCACUCCUUUGGACGCGAUGGCGAAUCCGGCGAUGAGUUCUUCGGCGGGAAACCCGAUGGCGGUCUUCGAGAGUCUGUUCGCGACUCCGAUGCAAAUGUUUGGACCUCUCUUUUCUCAACUCUUCGCGCAAUUCGGUUGAGAAGUCAGCGGCGUGUGAAGGCCAGUCAGGAGCUCAGGAGAGAAGAGCUCGGAGAAGAGCUCAGAAGAGAAGAUUUGAGCUCCCCACUUCUCGCUCUCAAUGCCAACGCCAACGCCUCCCUCCCGCCCACCAGAAGCACGCCCUCCGCGGCACCCGACGUGACGUCACGACCGGUGGUGACGGACGACGACGAAGACGACGAGAAGCGCCGCCAACUGCGCGACAAAGACGUGAAGAGAACCGGAAAUCGGUUUUUGUGA